UCUCUUAAACAGUUUUCGACACGGUCACACUGCAAAAAUGUCAUAAUCAAAACAAAAUGGGAAGAAUUGGUUUUUUAAAUCGGUUAAUACGCCAGAAAACCACUGCCAGAAACUUAUUCCAGUUCGGCAAAGCUAAGGGAGAUACUGGCAAAUAUGAACAGAUCGUGUCCACCGGCCUGGUUUCCCCGGAACGUUGUGUUCCCGAGGAGAUCGAGAAACCGGCUUACUACUUCAAGAACCUGCCACCGGGCAACACGCUGGGAACCCCCGAAAUCAAAACGAAGGAUCAGAUUGAUGCAAUGCGUCUGAGCGGAAGACUAGCGGCUAAAAUACUACGCGAAUGCGGUAAACUGGCAACAGUUGGCAGAACCACCGACCAAAUCGAUGCCUUUGCACAUGAGAGAAUUCUCGAGUCCAAAGCCUACCCGUCACCCCUCAGAUACGCCGGUUUUCCGAAGUCUAUUUGCACGUCGAUCAACAAUAUCGCCUGUCACGGAAUUCCAGAUGACCGCCAGUUGGCCAACGGCGAUAUUAUAAAUAUUGAUGUCACAGUCUUUUUGAACGGCUACCAUGGCGACUGUUCGGAAACAUUUCUGGUGGGCGACGUGGACGAGCGGGGAAGCUUCCUCGUGGAGGCUACUAAAUCCUGUUUGGAUCAGUGCAUUUCGCUGUGCGCUCCCGGCGUGGAGUUCAAUGAGAUUGGAAAGUUCAUAGACAGAUAUUGCGACGAACAUGACCUUGCAUCGAUAGCUGCUUUCAUAGGACACGGAAUCGGAAGCUAUUUCCACGGCCCUCCAGAGAUACUCCACUAUUACAAUGAGUUUCCUGGGAAAAUGCAGCCCGGCAUGACCUUCACCAUUGAACCCAUUCUGUCCCUGGGCGGAGCAGAUAUAGCUGUGCUGGAAGAUGGCUGGACGGCGAUUAGCUUGGAUGGCGCACGCAGCGCCCAGUUUGAGCACACUAUUCUGAUAACCGAGACGGGAACGGAGAUACUUACAAGAGAUCGAUAGGAUUUUAUGUACAUGAUGCAAUUUUUAUUCGUGAUUCCCAUAAAGUGUUAAAUGAGUGCUGGAUGGCAGUCUUGUGCA